GUAACAACUUACUAAUAAGUCUUUGUGAAGCUGCAUUUUCUUCUACCUUAUUGCAUUUUCUUUCCACUUCAAAUUUUCAAACUAUUCUUACUCUCUUGAACUAAGUUAUGGCGACUAUUGUUGGAGGAGCACUUCUUUCAGCUUCCAUGGAGAUGUUGGUGAAAAAGGUUGUUUCUGGUGAGUUUCUUGAUUUGUUUCAGAGGACUAAGCUUGACAAUGUUCUGUUGGAAAAGCUGAAGAUAACAUUGCUGAGUCUUCAAUCUGUACUUCAUGAUGCUGAGGCCAAACAGAUCGAUAAUCCGGCGGUCAAGGAGUGGCUGAUUAUGUUGCAAGAUGCUGUCUUUCAAGUUGAUGAUUUGUUUGACGAAAUCAAUACUGAGGCAUUAAGGCGUCAAGUGGAAGCGGACCAGGUUCUUAAAAAACUUUCUUCUCCUUUUAAAAGGUUUAAUAAAAACAUCAAUUCUAAACUUCCAAAGUUAUUUGAUACACUAGAACAUUUGCGAAAGCAAAAACUUGGAUUAAAAGAAGGUGAUUCCAACUAUGUUUGGAAUGUAACUCCUACAACUUCUGUUGUGGGAGAUGAAUCUGCUAUUUAUGGCAGAGAUGCUGACAAAAAGAAACUUAAAGAGUUUUUGCUGUCUGAAGAUGGUUAUGAUGGUGGAAGUAAAAUAGGAGUGAUUUCCAUAGUGGGUAUGGGAGGGUUAGGAAAAACAACACUAGCUAAACUCCUUUACAAUGAUCAUCAUGUGAAGAAUAAAUUUAAGGUGAGAGGGUGGGCUCAUAUUCCAAAAGAUCUUGAUAUUUUCACAGUCACUAAAACCAUUCUUGAAUCAGUCACUGCCGGAACAAUUGCAGAUACUAACUUGGAUAAUCUCCAAGUACAAUUGCAGCAAACUUUAAGUAACACAAAGUUUUUACUAGUUUUAGAUGAUAUAUGGUACGGAAAAUAUGUUGGUUGGAAUAAUCUAAUUGAUAUAUUUAAUGUUGGGCAAAAAGGGAGUAAGAUCAUCAUCUCAACUCGAGAUGAAAGAGUUGUACUACCCAUGCAAAAAUUUCUCUAUGUCCACCAUUUAAGAUCUUUGGAAACUGAAGAUUCCUGGUCUUUACUAGCCAGGCAUGCAUUUGUAGAAACAAACCACCAAAAACAUCCCAAUCUAGAAAUAAUUGGUAGAAAAAUUGCCAAAAAAUGUGGUGGCUUACCAUUAGCUGCAGUAGCAUUGGGGGGUAUUCUUCGCACCAAUUUAUCACAAGAUCAUUGGAGUGAUGUAUUAAACAAUAGCAUUUGGGAACAGACAAAUGAUGAUGUGCAGCCAGCUCUGCUAUUGAGCUAUCGGUUUCUUCCAGCUUCUUUAAAAGGAUGCUUUGCUUAUUGUUCAAUUUUUCCAAAAAACUCAAUCUUAAUAAAAAAGAUGGUGGCUAAGUUGUGGAUCGCAGAAGGCUUAGUACCUCGGCCGGAAAGUGAGAAAAAUUGGGAAAAAGUAGCAGAAAAAUACUUUGAUGAACUAGUGUCAAGGUCUCUGAUACGUCAGCGGUUCCUUGCUCGUGUGGAAAGUGGCUUUGAAAUGCACGAUCUCAUCAAUGAUUUAGCUAUGACAGCUUCAUUUCCGUAUUGUAUUAGGUUGGACGACCAUAAGCCUGAUCAAAGGGUGAGACACUUGUCAUACGACAGAGUUGAAUAUAACUCAUUCGAUAAAUUUGUAAAAUUGCAUGGAUUAAUAGGUCUGCGAACCUUUCUCCCCAUGCCAUUGCAAGGUUAUUUAGAGUAUGAUAAUUCUGUAUCGUGGAAGUUAAUUUUUGACUUGUUGUCGAAAAUGACACACUUACACGUGUUGUCACUUUCACAUUACAAAAUUAUCACUGAGUUACCCAACUCAAUUGGAAAUUUGAAGUAUCUGCGAUACUUGAAUCUCUCUAGCACUGAGAUUAAAAGGUUGCCUUCAGAAACAUGCAAGCUUUAUAAUUUACAGACGUUGUUGUUGUCAAGUUGCCAAGAACUUACUGAAUUGCCAAAGGACAUUGGAAAAUUGGCGAAACUACGCCACCUUGACAUCAAAGGAACUCCAUUGGAGGAAAUGCCUAUACAACUAUCUAGACUUGAAAACCUACAAACAUUGUCGGAUUUUAUUGUGAGUAGCGUUAAGGAUGUUGGAUUGAAGAUUGAAGAUCUAGGAAAAUUUCCACAUCUACGAGGAAGCCUUUCCAUCUCAAAACUUGAAAAUGUAAUUGAACCAUCCCAUGCUUCUCAAGCAAACUUGGGGGUGAAAAAAGAAAUUGAUGAGUUGGAACUAGGGUGGUCUUAUAGUGCUCCUUCAAACUCAAAAAUACAAAGUGUUGUAUUGGAACGACUGCGCCCAUCGAUAAACUUGAAGAGUUUGACCUUCUCAAGAUAUGGUGGAGACAAAUUACCAAAUUGGUUGGGUGAUCCUUUAUUUUCCAACAUGGUGAAGUUGACUAUAUCAAAGUGUAAUGUUUGUUCAAAACUGCCAUCCCUCGGACAGCUAGGUAAUCUUAAGGAACUUUCUAUUAGUGAGAUGCAAUCUAUAAAGAGUGUUGAUACCGUAUUCUAUGGAAGUGGUUCUCCUUCAUUUCAACCAUUUACCUCUUUAGAGAUUCUAAGCUUUAAAAAUAUGCCAGAGUGGGAGGAAUGGAAAAUGAUUGGAGGUACAUCUAUAGAAUUUCCUAGUCUUAAAUGCUUGUCACUAAAUGAGUGUCCAAAACUCAAAGAAAACAUACCAAUCAACCUUCCUAAGCUUGAAAUAUUGUCACUUGAAAAUUGUUCCGAACUCAAAGGAAUUGCACCCAACAACCUUCCUUCCCUUAUUGAACUUGAGUUACAGGAUUGUCCUCUACUGACGAAGUCAAGGAAUUCAGAUGAUAUUACAAGCCCACCAUUUGACAUAUUCAGCCAAUUGAUGACUAGUAUGAAUUCUCUUCAAAAGAUGACCUUAAAAAACAUUUCGUCUGUAACAUCCUUUUCGAGAGACGGCCUUCCCAAAACCUUACAAUCUCUCAUAAUUGAAGAUUGUGAGAAUUUAACUUCUCUGCCUGAAUCAAUAAAAAGUCUAACUAGCCUUCAAAAAAUGUCAAUUAUUGGCCUUCCAAAUCUGCAAUCUUUUUCCAUAGAUGAUUUUCCUAUCACUUUACGGGAACUGCGGGUUGGUGAAGUUGGAGGGAUUUUGUGGAAUACAACUUGGGAACAUCUCACUUCUCUUUCAAAGCUGCAUACUAGGGGUGAUGAUAUGUUGAAGGGGCUGAUGAAAAGACAAGUUCGGUUUCUACCAACUAAUCUCACUUUGUUAUGUAUGGCUUGUCUUGAAGAUAUAGAAUGUUUGGAUGGGAAGUGGCUUCAACAUCUCACCUCUCUCCGUACACUAUAUAUUGAUGAUGCACCCAUGCUCAAAUCGUUGCCGGAAAAGGGGGAACUGCCUUCCUCUCUUAAAGUAUUGCAUAUCAUUGAUUGUCCGUUAUUGGUAGUAAAUUUGCGGAGGAAACAAGGGAAUGAGUGGAGUAAGAUUUCUCACAUUCCGAAAAUAUAUGUAAACUACGAAAUCAUCAAAGGAUCAAUACAUUAAGGUUUUGGUUCCAUUUGCGGUUCAAAUUGAAAUGAAAUUCUUCCUCAUUCUCACAUCAAAACCCAUUUUAUUCUUGCUGAAAAGGAUUGAGAAUUCCUACAGCAGACAAGUCACAUUCUCAAAGAAGGCUAACAAUGUGAGUACUUCUUGUUCCCUUUGCCAAUUCAUGAGGUUAUGGGGGUUUCUAUUUUUUUUAUAUGAUAAAAGAGAAGUGAAUAAAUGAGCUUUGAGUAUGUUUGAUGUGACUGUUACAGUUUUGUUCCAUAAUUCACUAUAUGAGAAACAAUAAGCUUAAGUCUAACUUAAACAAUCUUUCAGGAUAUUUAUUAUUGCAAUACGAGAAAACAUUUGGACUUUUUCAUUGAAUUGGUUGGUGCUGAGUGACCUUCAGAAUAACUUGAUUGCAAGAAAGUAUUUGCAUGUCUUUUCUAAAAGGGCUUCCUCAAUAUUGAUCUGCAUGGCUUGGGUGAAAAAUCAUGCCCCAACUGCAGUUUACUGAAAAUAAAUUUGUGUGGAAGAAACGAGGAAAGAAGUGGGGUAAUUUGGAGUUGAAAUUCAGAAUUCCAACAGCAAACAAGUCAGAUUCUCAAAGAGGAGAUCAGAAAUGGGUUGCUUUCAACUAUGUGUCUCAAUUUUCUGAUUUUGUUCCACUUGCAUGCAGGUUCUGAAAACGGGGUUGUUAAAAAUAUGUUGGAUUUUGGCAUGUCUUGUGUUGGGAAGGAGUUCGUUAAAGAUGUUGCCACCGAAACUAUUUUGAUGAGAUUUUGGCACCUUGAAAGCAUGGUUUGUGUUUGCUCAGUUGGAGGUAGAUUCAUCCAAUGGCUUACCCAACAAAUCUGAAUGAUGUCCAGAAACUUUCCACGCCUCCGUAUAAAGAUCAUCCACAUCAAUCAAGACACCUCCAGGCAUUCAAAGAACAGAAGAGAGGCACUACAACACCAUCUUUUUAUUGUUUUUUCGUCCGAUAUGACUCAUUGUUUACCGAUAAGUAAAUAGGUUGCUCGAGUUCAGAUGCUCUAUCAAAUUGUAAUCUGUAAAACAUAUGUUUGAUUAAUACAACGGAACUGCAGCUGCUCUGCAGUCGGAGACGUAGGCACAAUUGGCUGAACUUCGUUAUCAAAUAUCGCGUGUUCAGUGUUUCUGUUUUUUUUUUUUUCAUAUUUGUUUUCUUUUGAAUUGGAAUUUGUAUUCUAACAAUUCCAAAUGCAGUGGCUGAAAACUACUCCCUCUAUCCCAAAAUAAGUGUCUUUUUAGCCCUAAAAAGUUGUCCCAAAAUAAUAGUCUCUUUACUUUCCCAAUGCAAUAUUAACUAACUUUUAUCAACUUUACCCCUUAUCUACACUCUUUUCAAGACAUGAUAAUAUAUAACACCCAAUAGUAAUUAAGGGUAAUUUUGUAAAAAUGUUAUCUUUAUUGACUCAAUCAUUACUUUUCUUAAUCUAUGUGUAACAACCUUAAACGACAUUUAUUUUGGGACGGAGGGAGUAUAUCACAACAAAAUGAUUAGUAAGUGGUUGAAAACUCAGAUGAA